GCGAAAGAAGGCUAAUACUAUCAUCCAAACAACAACAUUAUUCGCCGAUGGAAUCACCCAAGUCCAAUGACGUGUCAAGGGACGCUGGUGAUCCAACGGAACCUCCAGAACAGGCCUCUACUGCUCAGAGUAAUGCCGACAAUGGGGCAAGUGACACGCCCAACGGCGGGGAUGAAGCGAACGCAACUCCGGCCAGGAAACCGCGUCGCCGUGGGCGCCAGGCCAAAGAUCCCCUAGGCCAGUCGAUCUUCUUCAAAGUCCAGAGGGCUGAAGAUAUGGAAAAGCAACUCCGUGAGUAUCUUGCAAAUCCGACUGGAGACCCCGAACAUACCACGCUGGAAUUCUCCUUCCCUACCACCGCCGCAUUUAUGGUCUCCGCUCGAGAGCCCAUAGGGUCUGGUGCUGCUGGGGAGAAGACCCCGUAUUUGUACAGUGCAUUCAACAAGACCGCCGUCAGUGUUGUUGACGCUCUUCAUGCCACGACGGAUCCCAAGGAACAAAUGCUCAUGCAAAAACAAAUCUCGAAAAGUCUGGUUGAAACAGUUCAGCAGGCCGACGGUUUUCGUUACAGCUUUCACAACCACUGGAUCAGUCGAGAAGAUCAAGCCAGCAGAUUUUCAUAUUAUUGCAACGAUUCUGUAUUGAACAAAGGCAGAGCGGCCAAUGCUGGUGCGGCCAAGAUCAGAUUGGGGGUCAAGAUCCGAAAGCCUGUCUACGAGUGCCAGGGCCUCAUUUCGAUCAAGUUUUCGGUAACGAAAAACAGUCUGGAGCUACACUACAAGCACGUUCCGCUUCAUCCCACAUUCGAAGAACGAGCUCCUAUUCCACGCAAAGACAGUCGACGAAGGAAGUUAUUGGAAAUCUUCCAUCCGGAGAAAUUGCCGAAGCCGCAAGAGAAGAAAAGGAAAUCGACACCACCAACCCCUAAGCAGCCGAAAAAAAAGAGACGCGCUACCGCGCCGCUACCUGAAAACGAGACGGGGGCGCGGCCGCAAAAUGCACGGGAAAGCAGCCUGCAACCACUGUUUGAUUUUCUAGGCUCCGCCGGCAGGCUUGAGGAAGAACGCCCUGCAAACGGCCCAUCAGAGUCGGCAGAAACUGGGGCAGAGAAUGCACCAGUCGGAGCUGGCGAAGACAACACAACUCAAUCUGCGGAUGGGACGCUGUCCAAGACGCCGAAACAGCGCAAGAGCAAAACCAACUUUCCUGGCAUGAUGUCCGGUUAUGUAUUUGGGGAAGAGAUUACAUGGGGCCGUAGAGGAGCCAAGGCGGCCCGUCGGCGGCAAUCUCGAGGAGCGGCAGUUGUCUCUGGAGAAGCGACUACGGCCAAUUCUACCUCAGAGCCUCCUCCUGCGACUGGUCCAGCAGCGCAACCUCCGCCAGCUCCUCCAGCAUCAGAAGUCGACCUUCUAAAGGCCAAGCUACAAGAGGCCGAGCGCAAAAUCCAAGACCUUGAAGCGGAGAGAAGGAGGGGAAGUGGUCCUGCACCUGUAGCAUGGACACCACCCCAACAUCCAGGUCCAGCACCAUUACCACCACCUCCUCAUCCAGGAGCGGCCCAGCCAUAUUACCCUCCACCACCACAAUAUUCAUAUCCUCCACCUCAAUUCUAUUAUCCUCCUCCUCUCCAGCACAUGCCUCCUCCGCAGGGGCCUCACCCUCCACGAUUUAUGGCGCCGACGUGGCCUCCUCCACAGUCAAUGCCUCCUCGGCCAGGCCCGGCGCUCACACCACCUGGCCCCCAUCCCAAUGCACAUGCCCCAGUGCCUGUUGCGCCAUCAUCUGCAUCACCAUUACCGGCAGUGCCGCUGGGCGCGCCACCCACAAUUGUACCAACACCUUCUCCCGGAGCGCCGCCGAUAGUGGCGACUAGCCCAGCAUCUGGAGGCCCAUCAACAACCGUAAAUACGCCUACACAGGGCCCCGCUCCGGCAUCUACCCCUGGACCGGUACCUACGCCUACGCCCGCCUCGAGUCAACCUCCGCCGCAACCUGCCGCACCGAUGUACGGUUUCGUUCCAAGUCCAGCGGAAGUUGCAGCCAGUCAAAGCGAACCCGUCGCUUCGCCACAACAGCAAAUGCAGGAGUAGAUGCAGCGCAUAAUACGGCCGCGGACUAUGUAGCCGCAGGGAUGAACACCGUUCGCGGCAGCCGGGAGGAUGAUGAAUGCAACCGUAUUCGGCGGCGAUCUCGUGGCAUUUUUUUCAUUCAGGCGUAGAAUGGUCUCCCUCAACAUCGAUCUGAGGUUGCAUGUUCCUGUUCGGCUGAAACCGUCAUUCCAGCCAUUUGUGUCGCGAUGGGUCGCGCAGAUACUACCUAGGUAGGAAGCUGCUCAGGGGCUAGAGGAUCUUGAAGAGCUUCUUGCUCAUUUCUGUAGAUUAGUAACGACAUCAGAUACAGUCUACCAUGUUUUAAUAGGAGAGCUCGUACUUGACGACGGUCCACUUGACCGUUGCCCUUGCGGCAGCCUUGACUUUACCACUGCAGGAAGGAGCCCUUCCAAUGCCGCUCACUGCAGCUUAGCAGUGAAGUGGUUAUUGGUGCAA